AUGAGCGGCCAGCAAGAGCCUUCCUCGGAUCAAGAGUCUUCUAAACCCGUCCCGCAGUUGAAUUUUUCAUCCAUAUCCAAUCCAACUAACUCCAAAGCUUCUAUCGUGUUUGGAUCGUUGAAUAAGCGAAAUUCGGCCGUCGUACCAAAAGGCCAGUCAGUUGUUGCCAAGGUUGUAAUAACCGCUGGCCAAGCAGUGCAGACGAUAUCGUUGUCCCCACAAUCUCUUAUACACUCAAAUUCCACAAUCUCCACUAAUUCUAAUAUCUUAGUAGUUGGACCAUCUCGAUCCAACAACACAGCCAAUCUUGUUGUCCACCAAGGAAAUAUAAUGACUACCUUACAACAACAACAGUUGCAACAACAAUUGCAGCAACAACUGCAACAGCAACAGAAUAUGAUAACAGCAGUUGUUACACCAACAAACAACAGCAUGAAUAUAGCAGUUAGUAAUCACGGCAAUGCGUUGGCUUCUGGACAGUCUAUCUAUACACUUGAUCAGUCACAGUUUCAAGGAAAUUUUGGAAGAUUAGGAUUAAUAAGAAAUCGCAUGCCCUCCAUUAUAACCAAUGAGAGCACAAAAAUUACUGUACAGCCCAUACUAACUUGUGUUCAUGUCUUGACUUUGUCAUCAGCAGCCAAUCAGAUGCCCUUAUUAUUACAGCAGCAGCAGUCCCAGCAGCAGCAGCAACAAAUACAAGUGAUGUCAUCGUCGUCAUUGCAAUCUUCUGCUACAAUUAUUUCCAUAGCCACCACUAGCGUCAAUUUGAGUUAG